CCAGAAGAGAUGCCCGGAAGCCCCCAAAAAAGUUAGCCGUUAAAAGUAGAGCCAAGGACCCCCAUGCUAAGAAUAUGGUCACAGCAGUGAAUUGAGGCCUCCUCUUCUCUGGUCUCGGAGCUUCUUCUUCAUCUCCUUCCUGCUGCAAGAUGAGGGCCUCUUCUGAUGCCAACACCAAACAAAUUACAGUAAAGAAGAUGUUAGAUUUUGGUUCUGCCUCCAAGGAAAUGCCACUGAAUUGUUGGUUUGAGGAUGCUUGCGUCCUAGACAUGGACUACUUUGUCAAGACACUCUCAGGUAUCAAGGCCAAGGGCGUUCAGCCAGACCUGAUUGGUUCUAUAAUCACUCAUUACGCAUCGAAGUGGCUUCCUGAUCUCCAUCCAGAUUCCGCAGCCAAGACGACUAACAAUUCAGGCCACCGGUCUCCCGAGAAUCCGACCGUGUCACUGAUGAAGAAGCGGUUUUUGGUAGAGACUCUGGUGAGUGUGCUGCCACCUGAGGUUGACGCCGUCCCCUGCAGCUUCAUGCUCCGACUUCUCCGGAGCGCAAACUUGGUCGGCGCUGAGCCGGGCUACCGAGCCGAGCUCGAGAAGCGAAUUGGGCACCACUUGGACCAGGCCUCCCUUGAGGACCUUCUGAUACCAGCCUUCUCCCAUACUUGUGGUACCCUUCUUGAUGUUAGUCUAGUUCUGCGGCUGGUGAAAAGGUUUCUGUCACUAGAGGAAGGCAUCAAGAAUGGAACGGCACUGGUUAAGGUGGCUAAACUCACCGACUCCUACCUGGCAGAAGUGGCCAUUGAUUCGGGCCUGACUGUGCAAGAAUUUGAGGCACUGGCUGGAGCUCUCCCCUUCCAUGCCCGCAUGACUGACGACGGACUGUACCGUGCGGUGGAUACAUAUCUCAAGGCUCAUCCUGGAGUGAGCAAGAGUGAGAGGAAGCGGAUGUGUCGGCUCAUUGACUGCCGGAAGCUCUCACUAGAUGCAUGCUUGCAUGCGGCGCAGAACGAGCGGCUGCCGGUGCGGACUGUGAUCCAGGUGCUACUGUGCGAGCAGGCCAAGAUCAACAGGCAUGUCAAUUGUAGUGCUUCUUUCAAUGGACUCAGCUUGAGCCCUGGUCUAGGCCUAGAUGCACCGACUAGGUGCCAAUCUAAGCGGGAGGCAGUUGCAGCUGGGAUCUAUGACGCCCGGUUCAUGUACUCAGAGAUUCGGAGGGUGAAGGAGGAGAUGAUGAAGUUGCAAGCAGAGUUUGAGACAAUGCAGGUGCAGGUGGAGAAGUUGGUGAAGAAAAAGAGCUUCUUUUUCCCAUGGAGAAAGUCCUCCUCAAAAGGAGGUGGGCGCGGGGGGAUGCUGAUGGAGAGGAUAGAUGAGAGCAGCAGCUGCGGAGGGCGAGGUCAUGAGUUUGAGACACAAGGGGCAACUGUAGGCACGCCCAAGGGAAGCAGCUGCGACAGUAAAGGCACCAGGGGAACACUGGCAAGCAAAGCUUCCAAGAUCAGGAACUCCCUGUCCUUGUGAAAGUCGUGCAUAUGCCACACUUUCACAUGAAUCAUUGCCUCUGUAUCAUGUAUAACCAUCUCUUUCUAAUAAACAUACGUAAUAAGUGAACCUCUUCUUCUUAGUUUA